CCUCACUCCCGUCUGCGUCAGCCAUCCGUCCCUCAUCUCGUCUCGCAGCCCACGCCUCAGCAGCGCCUUGACACAACCUCUCGUCCAAGCCUCCCAAACGCUUCCUGUCCGGCUCUUACCUCCCUCGUCGGCCGCGCCAUGGGCAUCAAAGGCCUCACGGCCCUCAUCACCGAUGAGGCGCCCAAGGCAAUCAAAGUCCGCGACUACAAGUCCUACUUCGGCCGCAAGGUCGGCAUCGAUGCCAGCAUGUGUCUCUACCAGUUCCUUGUGGCCAUCCGCGGCAACGACGGGCAGAACCUGAUGAACGAGGCGGGCGAGACGACUAGCCACCUCAUGGGCUUCUUCUACCGCACGCUGCGCAUGGUCGACAACGGCAUGAAGCCCAUGUACGUCUUCGACGGCAAGCCGCCGGACCUCAAGGCCAAGGUGCUCGAGGCCCGCUUUGGAAAGCGGACAGAGGCGGCAGACCAGGCCGAGGAGGAGAAGGACGUCGCCACAGAGGAGCGCGCGGACCAGCUGGCACGCCGCCAGGUGAAGCCGACGAAGCAGCACAACGUCGAGGUGCGCGAGCUGCUGGGUCUGAUGGGCAUUCCUUGCGUGACGGCGCCGUCCGAGGCCGAGGCUCAGUGUGCCGAGCUGGUCAAGGCGGGCAAGAUCUACGCUGUCGGCUCGGAGGACAUGGACACGCUCACAUUUGGCUCGCCCGUGCUGCUCAAGUACCUCACGAUGGCUGAGGCGCGCAAGAUGGCCAUCAACGAGGUCUCGCUGCCCGACACGCUCGAGGGCAUGGGCCUGACGAUGGACCAGUUCAUCGACCUGUGCAUUCUCUGCGGCUGCGACUACAUGGAGCCGAUCAAGGGCAUGGGCCCCAAGACGGCGCUCAAGCUCAUCCGCGAGCACGGGAGCAUUGAGAGUGUCAUGGAGCACAUCGAGGAGGUCAACUCUAAGGCGGCCGAGGGCAAGAAGGGCAAGUACACCGUGCCCGAGUUCUUCCCGUACAAGGAGGCACGCGAGAUCUUCCGUCACCCGGACGUGCACAAGGGCUCGGAGGUCGAGCUCGAGUGGAAGAAGCCCGACGUCGAGGGCCUCGUCAAGUUUAUGUGCACCGACCGCGGCUUCAGCGAGGACCGCGUGCGCAAGGGUGCCGAGCGCCUGACCAAGUCGAUUGGCACCAAGCAGCAGGGCCGCCUGGACGGCUUCUUCACUGCGGCGCCGAAGCGCAAGGCAGAGGACGAGGAAGACUCCAAGGCCAAUGUCAAGGGCAAGGGCGGCGCGGCCGCCAAAAAGGCCAAGUCGGGCGCUGCGGCCAAGGGCGGCAAGGGCUCGAAGGCAAGCGGCAGCAAGUGAGCGCUCCGUCUCUACAUGGCGUGGCUGCGACACGGGGCGAGACUGGUGAUGUACUUCUAAUGUGACGUGGUUCAAGCGCAGCGGCGUGAUGGUGCUGCCCCUCGACGCGCCCUGAGGAGCACACGCAAGGCAGGCCAGGCGUGCUGCCCUUGCUGGCUUUGCCUGUGACUGCACAGGCACACACGAGGGAUAGCUUACUGCAUAUGCAUUACUCCAGCGCAGCAAGCUCCUUGCGCA